UUCUAGUCCGCCUGCCGCAGACAUGUGAGACUGAGAAGAGAGAGAACCACCGAAGAUGGCGGCGAGACGUGCCGGCGCCGGCGCCUUGCUCUUGGCCGUCGCGCUCGCGGCCGUCGUCCUGCACCCAGCCGCAGCAGCGGGGCAGAAGAAGCCCGCAACUGCCGCGAGGCGGGAGGACAUCCCCUACAUCCGGUGCCAGGUGUGCGAGCGGAUCGCGCGCGAGAUCUCCGCGCAGGUCUCCAAGAAGCAGCAGGCGCUCCCGCUCUCCAAGAAGGUGCCGGAGAUCGAGAUCAUCGAGAUCGCGGAGAAUGUGUGCAACCUGAAGAAGCAGGAGGCAGACUGGCUGCUCCGGAUCGACAUCGUUGAGAAAGGCGACAAGUUGGAGCUUGUUGAGCAAGACGAAGAAGGGCAUUGUAAUGCAGAAUGCAAGACCAUUGAGCGUGCAUGUCAGGAGGUGAUGGGGUAUGCUGAUACUGAUGUUGCUGAGUUUAUCUAUAAAAACAAACCCUCAGUUGAUCAGCUGAUGAAAUUUCUCUGCAAAGAUGUUUCCGAAGCAUGCGCCAAGGACCCACCACCAGUUCCAAAAGAUCGGGUCCCUGGAGAACCAUUUGCCGCAAAGCCUUCGAAAGAUGCUGAGAUGGAAAAGAUAUUGAAAUCAAUGGAGGGUAUUCCGGGAGCCCCAAGCAUGAAGAUGUACUCUAGAGACGAUCUGAUGAAAAAUAACUUUGGUGCUGAAGAGGAUGAUGAAGAGGAUGAUGAGGAGGAGGAUGAUAACUUCCCCAAGAACUUGGGAAAAGUUCUAAAAGAUAAGGGUUCUCCAAAGAAAGAUUUGAAACAGCAAGUCGUGCAACAGUUCAAGGAUACCAGCAAAAAGUUGAAAGGGCACGUAAACAAGGUGUCCAAAAUCGUAAAGAAAUGGUGGCAAGGGACGAAGAAGCCAUCAAAAUCUGGCAAAAGCAAAACUGAACUCUGAAGACCACAGUCUUCUCAAAUUGGCUCAGCAACUUAAUCCAUCUUCCAUUUUCCUAGAGCAAAGUUUUACAUGAUUUUCAGAAGGUGUCGCAUCAAAGCAUCAAGAACUUUUGAUAGAGUUGAGCUACAUAAACGUGUACAAUUUUUUCCAUUUAUUUUCGGUGUACGCUAGGAGAACAAUUGGAGUUUAGAGAGUUUAGCUGGGUACUGAUAGUUUACCAGGUUAGUUAAGUCCCAAUUGGUUGUUGCUGUGCUUUACUGGUAAAUUAUAUCAUUGUCUACCCAUAUAUAAUCUCGCUGUUCACCAACUGGUCUUUCAUUUUCAAGUCUAGCUUGAUGUUUACACA